CAGUCCGCCGCCGGUGCCCCUGUCGGACGGCUGGGUAGGCAGUCCCGCGUGCCACGCGCCUAUCGCCUUGCGCUGUUCACCGUUGUCGCGUCGCACAUUUGCCGCGCCGACGUAUUCUGAGUCUGGUGUUCGUGGAAAGCAAGUAAACUGUCAUUCGUUGUUACAUCACCUCGACCUAUAUUCACUGUUGUUGUGUGUUAACUUACGUUACCCACAGCAUGAGCAAAUGGGAUUUUGCUGCUGGUUUUGCAACAUUUCUAAAACCCUAAGUGCUGAAAUGUUCAUAUUUAAACAGCCGUUUUCUUUGAAUCUGAAAACGUACGCAACAGUAAUGACACUCAGUGUUUUUUGAACUGAAUUCCGGUUGACAAGGAAACUCUUGGUGCAGCAUUUAAGGGUGCAGCCCGCGGCACCAUGCGCCUGCCGCCAUGAGGUCUGGAGCGCCCGCGCCUCUCCUCGCCAUGGCCUUCAACAUUGUCCUCUGCAACCUCACCACCACAGGCCCCACGACGCGGAUGGAGCACCUGCAUCACCAUCACGACUGGGGCCCCCACGUGGAGAGCUCCGAGGGGGGCAACGUCAGCGUGCGAGUUGGUCAGACGGCCACCCUCGACUGCCGUGUGCAGCUGCUCCACGACAAGACGGUGUCGUGGGUGCGCCGGCGUCCCGGGUCUGAGGAGCUGCAGUUGCUGACGGUGGGCCGGCAGACGUACUCUGGAGACGAGCGGUACGCCGUCAGCUUCCAGUACCCGGACAACUGGAGGCUCACAGUCAAGGACUCCAGACCUGCGGACCAGGGCGACUACGAGUGUCAGGUGUCCACGCACCCGCCUCGCACUGUGCGUUACAACCUCCUCAUCAGGGCACCCGAGGUGGAGAUCGUGGACGAGCGCGGCCGACCGCUGAGCGACAAGUACUACGAGCCGAACAGCACCAUCCAGCUGUCGUGUGUGGCACGCCGCCGGCAGCCGGUCACCUGGAGGCACGGUGACGUCACCCUCAACUACGGCACACCUAGAGGUGGCAUUAGCGUGCGGACCGACCUGAGCCCCGCAGGCGCCAACAGCUCUCUGCUAGUGGCGCGCAUCGGCAGCGGCGACGCAGGGAACUACACGUGCGCCGUCUCGCCGUCAGAGUUCGCCACCGUCACUGUACACGUUCUCGAUGGCGAGCACCCAGCGGAGUUGCACCUCAGCCUUAGUCCGACGAUGCCGAGCAGAUGGCCGCUGUGCUCGUUGCUGCUGCUUCUGGCUCUGGUCCUGAGGAUGGGCAGCUGAACGCCGACCCGCUGCUGUUACUGCCUCGGCGGGAACAGUGGGCCGUCACCGCGGGCUCUGUACCUCAGGGACACAACCUGAACAGUAUAGUGAGACGUUGUACUCCAGCAACCGAGAGGAAACAUAUAUGAUCUUACUGAGAUUGUAUCCCACAACUGGUGGUAAAAAUUGACCUCCUCUCUUUAUGAAAGGAUGUGUUACUUCAGAUUCCACGUUACUGUGAGGAGAGCCACUAGGUGUCUCAGGAUAUAAAAGCUCUUGUGACAACAGUGUGAAUCAGUUUCAUUGGAGAUCUUACCGCCACAUAAGGCUUGUUGAUCUCAAAGUGUCAACAACUGUAAAUCAGUGUGAGUUUAAUCUCUCACCAUAUGGAUAUAACUGCUAAUAUGGACUGAAAAAUCAGCUCAGUAAGAUAUGUUCCCUAGACAAUUUGUAGGGUAACUGUUACCAUACAAUACCGAUGAAGGAAAGUAACCAAACGUCAAUUUACUGGGAGUCGUAAUAUAUUGUCUAUAUACUGUAUUUAAAAAGUCUGGAUGGAGCUAUUAAAGUAAUUUCUGUAUAACUUUUAUUUACUUUUUAAUUAUUCUUAAACUUGUUGGCCCUGAAAUUAAUCAGUCUGAGUGUCGUGAAGUUCGUCAAACGUUUCUGUGUCCUACAACGUAUCGUUCAUUAUAAUAUGGUAUAGUAUAUGAAAUAUUUGUGGUAAAGAAUUAAGGUCCACAUACAGAUACUUGAAACUCAAUAAUCUGCAAUAUAAAACAAUGUAAUGUUCAAAGUGGAAAUCUGAAAGUUAAUGGUUGAGAGAGCUGUUAUAUUCAUACAAUAACUAUAAUCAUCAAAAUAUGUGCCCCAAAUAAGCACUGGGACUUAAAAGGAUUUAAUUAUUUGUAUGUUCACACAAUGGAUGCCAUUAAAACAAUAAAGCUAAUUUUAUAUGGA